CCACUCCCACGCGUACCAACAUGGCCACCGUGACAACCACCACCCACACCUCCCACAAGACCAGUAACAAACCGCGGGACACCACCUACAUCAGCAACAUCCCGACCCCGACCGGCGGCUUCGCGCGCAUGGAGAUCGCGCAGGACGUGCCCCCGCACCCGGACUACUACCCGCGCGAACGCCAGGACAUCGCGCUGACCUUCCGCGGCUUCGUCGACCCGGACAUCAAGUCCGACGUCAUCCCGGACUACUACCCGGGCAUGUUCGACAACGAUCCCUACGCGCGCAUCGUCGCCCCGGCGCCGCCCAAGCGCGUGGACUCGCUCGUCGCGCCCCCCGCCGAUCUGCCCGAGUACCUCAAGGCGUACCACGACAAGCUCCCCGCCACCCCCGAUGCCCCGGCCGUGCAGUACAACCGCGGCACCCGCCACCGGGAUGCGUCCAUCUACGUGCCGGAGGAGGAUGAGCUUGUUUGAGGAAUGUGUGUAUGUCCCUGACGUGUUUCACUUUAACCAAAAAAUCGAACAAAAAUUAAAAAAAAAACACAAAAACAAAAAAAA